CCUAGUUGUAUAAGUUUCAAUCCCCCUUCCGAGAGUCGUUCAAUAUGACCCCUGUUUAUCCUAUAGAAGGAAUAUCUGUUGAGCCGGGUCAACCGCUUCCCGUCCGUCGCGACUGCAACGAGUGGGCUAAAGACCACGAGAAUAACAUACAAGUUUCUCUGUUUAUUCGAGCUCUCCAGAAGCUAUACGAUCUUCCAUAUGACCAAGACCUGUCGUUCUCUAGAAUAGCGGGAAUACAUGGCUUUCCAGCAAACGUGCCUUGGAACGACGCCAACCCCCCCGCAAAUAUUCAAGGGGGAACCACCGGUAUCUAUUGCGUUCACAAUCAGAUCACCUUCCCAACCUGGCACCGCGUGUACAUGCUUCUCUUCGAGCAACGGAUUCAUGAGCUUAUGCUAGAAGUUAUUUCAACCGACUUGACGUUUAACUCGGCAGAAGAGAAGAAAGCGUGGAUUAAAGAGGCCAAUCAAUUUCGAUUGCCCUAUUUUAAUUGGGCACGACCGAAGAAUUUCGAAAUUCCUCACAUAUAUACUAUUAACAAUAUCAAGAUUCGUGUUCCAAAAUCUCACGAUGGGUCGAAUAUCCCCCCAGAGCUAAUAGAAAACCCACUAUAUCGUUUCCAGCUCCGCGUGGGCGGGAAGCUUACGAAGAUGGGAGACCUUCCUAAGCCGUAUACGAUCGAAGACACUUCUGGAUUUCCGUGGUCAAAAUGCUCAGGUACUAGCCGAUGGGGCAUUGUCGAAAAUACCCCUGAGUCUAAAUGGUCUCAGGGCAUCAACAAUUGGCCCAAGGCAAAUGCUGCCAUUUCCUCACACACGUGGGAAGACCCAAAUGACAAGACUGAUAUCAAUAAUCAUACAGCCAGCGAACUUGUUUAUAGAAUUCUCUCAUCUUCCUACUGUAAGAAUUUUAGUAGUUUCGCUUCGACAGCAGCGCAACCAGAACAGAUCAACGUUUGGACGGAAUAUCUAUCGCUAGAGUACGUCCACAACGGGUUACAUGAUUUUAUCGGAGGGAGUAGUUUAAAGGAUGGGGCUGGCCACAUGUCAAAUGUCCCCGUAGCUGCUUUCGAUCCCAUCUUCUACAUGCAUCAUUGCUUCAUAGACCUCCUCUUUGCAAUUCGCCAGACUCUAUAUCCUGAUCAGUGGUUUACGGAAAAUGAUAACCCCAAAGCUGGAGACAACCUACCUCCGUUCCGACACGAAUCUGAGCCGGGGGAGUUCAACUACUAUAACUCCGAUCUCACAAGGAAUUGGAGGAAAUAUGGCUAUGAUUAUGACAUUACUUCGCUGGAGAACGGCAGAAAUCAGGAGUAUCUUGAUAGGAUUCGUGAACACAUUGAUGGAUAUAUGAAUACUGGACAGUUGCUGAUGAAACAUCGCCACGGCACGCGAACUCCUGAUAUUCCCUUUGACAAACAUGACGAUUAUAUCAUCAACGUCAUAUAUGACCGCCAUGCCCUUGGAGGAGAUCCUUAUACCAUUCACUUUUACUUAGGCGACGUUGCAGGGCAUGAGCCUCUGUCUCCAUCGCUACAUCCCCACCAUGUAGGCAGCGUGAGUACAUUUAGUUUCCGCGCUCAGAGAGAAGGAACAGUACACUGCGGAAGCUGUGUGCAGCAGGCCGAAAAAGGCGUCCUUUCAACAGCCCAAGUCCCGCUAACAAUUGCCUUGCACAAAAUCGCUUCUAACCCCAGCAUCCCGGGCUUAUCGGAAAUAUCUCCUAAUGUCGUAGAAACAUACUUGAGGGAUAAUCUCCGCUGGAGAGCUAUAUCGAGUUCCGGAAUUGAGAUAAACGUAGAUCGUCUCCCUCGAACGAGAAUAUUCAUGCUCAAGGGCGAGGGAACACAUUUUCCUAGCCGCUCCAAGAUGUCUGAGUACUCCAACUAUACGGCGAUGUCUAGUGUGACACACAAUAGACCGUGGGGUGCAAACCAUAGUGAUUACUAAGUGGUGGGCUUGUUUUCUUAGCUCUGUGGUUUCGCUGGAAACACUAGUUGUAUUUUUAAAGUAAGAAAGAUGAUGAGAACAAAUGAGUAUGCUCGUAUGGGAUGCAUUAAAUACGGACAUCUCUAUUUUCACUCGUUACAUUGGGGAUAGAGGCUUGUCCUUUGGUUGUUUGUUGGGCGCCUAGGUAUAUAUAACAGGUCUCAUCACGCUCUUUAGAGAAUAGGAAUACGUAUUUGGGUAAUUGGUAGAGAUGAUAUAGAAAUAUCGUCAGCUAUCACUCAACUAUCAGUUAAGCAUGGUCUUAUCCAAACCUAUAUAAAAA